AUGUUCUUUCCCGAGGAGGCCAAUCUUAUUUUAAGUAUUCCUUUGAGUUUCUUUCACCUGCCUGAUGAGUUGUUUUGGUGUAAAGACCCUAAAGGAGUAUUCACGACAAAGAGUGCAUAUUUUGUAGCUCGGACUUGUAGUGACAUAUGUGGGGAGGUUCCAGUGGGGUCUGAGAUGCCAGCAGAGAUUAAAUUCCUAUGGAAGGCAUUAUGGCGUGCUAAGGUACCAGAGAAGAUCAAAAUUUGCAUAUGGAGGGGUUGUUUAAAUGCUCUGCCGUCUAGAGCUAAUUUGAAACUGAAAAAGGCUGUACAGGAUAAUUGUUGUGUGGAGAUGUGGGUAGCUCAAAUGGCUUCUUUGAUGUCCAGGGAGAGCUUUGAUCUAAUUCUUAUGUUGAUGUGGAAUAUUUGGAAAGCUCGUAAUGAGUUAUUAUGGCAGGGUUCAACUUUACCACCUCAGGACCUCCAAAUUCAAGCGCAUACUUGGUUGUUGGAGUUUAAGAAAUGGAAUGUGGUCCAGCCGAAGCCUAAGGUUGUUGAAGUCGAUAAAUGGAGGAGGCCCGAGGUAGGAUGGUUAAAAUGCAAUUUUGAUGGGGCAUGGGAUGAGCCGAAUAACAGAGGUGGAGCUAUUUUGAUUAUCCGAGACACGGAUAAGGAUUUUGUUGCUACUAUGGCGUUGCCACUGGAGGGGAUUACGUCGGCUUUAAUGGCUGAAGUUGCUGCUGCCCGUGAGGCUGCGUUGUUUCUUCUGAAAUGGAGUAGGGCGAAAGUGUUGUUGGAAGGAGAUGCAUUACUGGUAAUAGCUGCUAUCCAAAAUAACUCGGAGGUUAAUUAUGGUGCCCUUGGCCAUAUAUUAACUGAUACAAGGAGGUUAUUACAAUGGAAGGCUAUGUUUGUGCGAUGUGGUGCUAAUGCAGUGGCACACAGAUUAGCUCAUCAUGGUCUUUAUCUGGUACAACCAGUUUCGUUUGAAGAACCUCCUGAUGUAAUCUCUGAUCUUAUUUUGGAGGAUAAUUUAUAA